UAGUUUGGUAUUUUCAUUUUAUUUUAUUCUUUAUUUUGGAAAAAGCUGCUGCUGGAAAACAAUAAAUUUUAAUGUUUUAUUUCACACAUGUUGAUUAGAGGAAUAUGGAUGAGUUAUUAUGAGGAACCAGAGGAAACAGAGACAGGAGGACUCACACCUCCUCUGUUAUGAUGUGACAGCCCGCCUCCUCCUCUUCCUCCUCCUCCUUGUUUCUCUUCUCCUCCUCCUCCGUGUCUCUCCCACAUCUCUCCAUCACUCCGUGAGCUUCGCCUCUCCUCCUCUUCCUCGGGGUUUCCUCCUCAGACUCAGCACCAUGUUCCUGACGUGAGGUCGGUCAGCCUGAGCGGUCGGUGUGUUUUCGGACCGGCUGGAUGCUGUGAGCGGCGGGAAGGCAGAGCAAACCUUCAUCCUCCACUGAGUGCCUUUGUUCGGAGCAGCAGCAGCAGCAGCAGCAUGGAUCUGUCCUUCAUGGCCGCGCAGAUCCCAGUCAUGACUGGGGCCUUCAUGGACUCCUCACCCAAUGACGACUACAGCGGCGAGCAUUCGCUCUUCAACUCUUCAGCCAGUGUCAACGCGGCGGCCUCGGCCGCCUCGGUGCACGGCCAGCCAGACGAGCAGCAGUCCAUGUCCAGCGACGCCAUCUGGCUGUGGAUCGCCAUCAUUGCGACUAUAGGGAACAUAGUGGUGGUGGGCGUGGUCUACGCCUGCACCUUCUGAUAGACAUCCAGAUGGUUUAUGUGUGGAAACAGAACCGAGGCUCGGCAGAACCAACAUCCCCCAUGUCUGAACUGACCUUCCUCUGAUUCUCACCUGGUUCUGUUAUCUGUUUAGAUCAAAGGUCUGAUCCGUGACAGUGAUGUGUUGACUUCGUUGAACAGGAAGGCUGGUUUUCUCAAUGCGUCUCUUUAACUGAAGAUGUUUAUGUUUAUAUAAGAUGGUUAUUAACUUUAUGUUUCUUUGUUCUGCAAUUUGUUUUACUUAAAUGUCUUUUUGUGUGUUUUUCCCUGAACAGCAGCUUUCUAGUUACUGGAAAAAGAUUAAAUUGGGUCCAAAUUCUGGUUAAAUCUUAAGCAUCCAUGAAACAACCAGAACGGGUCUGGAGUCAUCCAGGUGUUUCUGACAUGGACACUGAAUGAGCUUCCUCUGUCGGGGUGAAGCCCGGCGCUGAGCUGCUGCUCCACAUUUCACAACGUAAAGCUGUUCUCCUCCUGACGGUCCGGUCGACCCGGUUCUACAGGAACCAAAACUCCAGCAUCUGCUCCAGCUGCUGUGGUUCUGUUUGGUGUUCAUAUAUGAAUUUGAACUGAACCAGAGUUCACUUCAAUCAACCCAGAGCGAGGUUUGGAGGACCAGAGGUCAGAGGUCGAAUAGUGUUCAUACCUCUCCAACCGGACCAGACUUUCUACAUGAACGGACUGGAGUCAGGCUAAAGCGGACGGAACAGGGCUGGAAGGAAUCCGGGCUUAGAGGUGGAGAACUCCAGCUGAUCCAGAAGGUUCUGGAUCAGCUGGAUGUUAGCAGGAUGUUAGCAGGAACUGGAUCCACUGGAUGUUAGCAGGAACUGGAUCCACUGGAUGUUAGCAGGACUGGAUCCACUGGAUGUUAGCAGGAACUGGAUCCACUGGAUGUUAGCAGGAACUGGAUCCACUGGAUGUUAGCAGGACUGGAGCAGCACGAAGGCAGCCAGAUGACUUCUGACACAUCUGACCGAGAGGAGAGAAAAAUAACAACCUAAAAUCCAAAAUGUUUCUCCACUGCCAGCUGAGUUACUGAAGCAUCGGUCACUUUACAAUCAUCACCAUUCAUAAAUAAACACCUACAGAAUAUUUAACUAUGUUUUAGUUAGGUUUAGUUAAGAUUUGCAGUUUCAGGC